UUUCUUUUAUUCAUUUAUAUUGGUAUAUUAUUUUCUGAGAGACAAAGGUAAAAUGCAUAACAUUAAACCAAGUCAAUUGUUGUCAUCUGAGUUCAUUAUUAAACAGGGACGCGCUGGAUUCCUUCACAGCUCCCCCAAAACGCAUUACCAAGAAGUACAGAGGUGCUCCGUGCACGAGAGUAGUACUACCUGGGACAUGAAUCCCACGGAUUUAGGAGUAUAUCUGUAUUAUCCCAUCCUCCGUAUUCUUGUCAUGUACGCAAACGUAGAUUAAUAUUUCAAGUCGAUUAUUUUGCUAUUUUCUUUGUUUUAUUUUGUCAUCGAUUUCUUUGAAUUUAUGGCAUGUUUCUAGCAUGGUAUCUUUUUAUUUUUGUUUGCAUCUGAUAGAAGCAUUCAAGUAAACCAAAAAUGUUAAUGCUACAUAUUUAUAAUAAAAACUGAACUACAGGUUUGUUCUGAUGAAGGGUCGCAGACCUUAAGUGUUAAUUAUGUUUUUCCCUCUGUAGACGUUGCCUGACUUGUUGAAUAGUUUCAGUAUUUUGUGCCAAAGACUAAAUUGUUUCAUUCUUCCCAUUCAGCAAACCCAGCAUGCAACGUGAACAAAUCACUGUCGAAGAACCAAAGUGAAAGGGCUAAAUAAAAAAGUUCCGCAUUUUAUACAAAUGCCUUCUUACAGAGAUAACAUUAUUUUUGGGUUGUGAACUGGGCGUUUCCCUAAAGAAUGGGCGUUAUAGCGUCAAAAUGCGGAUCACACGCCCUGGAUAAUUGAACGCCUGACACACAAUUUCCACACCGCUCCUCCAGCUGUUUGAUAACACAGCGUCAUAAUCGGGACGAUGGCGCACAGGAUGCCGGGAGUUGUUGUUCCGUGGUCCACCCCGUCCAGUUGAAAUUUCUUCAUUCAGACUACAACGCCGAUAGUGCCACGCGUCCGGGUGGAGCAUGCGCGCUGCUCCUCUUGGCGCUGUCAUUGGCACUUCCCCCGUCCCAGGCGUGAGCAUCAGCUGCUUUGGCAAUUUCAGACAUUGGAUUCGGAUUUAAAACCGGAUCGCGGUGUCGGCCGGCCCCGACAAUGAUAUAUCCAGGCGGAGCUGGCUCUUGAAUGAGUGCAAGGGCUCUCUCGAUCGCCGUGUUUCAUUGCUCUCCGUUCUUUUUGCCUUCGCCAUGCUGCUGACGAGAGUUCUGCGCCCGUCCCGGACUCUGUUUUCUAGCCUGACUUCAGCGAGAAGGUCCCUCCCUCUUAACGCACUGCUCACGCGUUCGAGCACGGCCGAGCUGGCUCCUUACCGGCAGGGCUAUGGUACUCAUUCGUCCAAAGAGCCAGUGGAGCCCCUCUCCACGGCUCAGGGAGCCCGCGACUUUGUGUACAGCCUGCACUCCAGGGAAAGGAUAACCCUUCUUCAGGAGCUGCAGAGGUUCGAAUCCAUGGCUGCGGCACAAGCAAGCCCUGGACACCGCUACCCUAAAGCCCAGAUUGCCAUAAGUGGGAAAUGGAGUGAGCAGGCAGCUGCAGGAGAAAUGCAAGUUAGCCCUCCAUCAUCAGCACAGCAGAGAUACGUGUUUCUUCACAGUGCAAUUCCUUUUAUUGGGUUUGGCUUCCUGGAUAAUGCAAUAAUGAUUGUUGCUGGAACGCAAAUCGAGUUGUCCAUUGGGGUUAUUUUCGGAAUUUCUACAAUGGCAGCUGCAGCACUGGGUAACCUUGUGUCUGAUGUAGCUGGCCUAGGUCUUGCAGGAUAUGUCGAAGCUCUUGCAUCAAGGCUGGGGUUACCAAGUCCUGAUCUGAACCCAAAGCAGGCCGAUAUGUGGCAAACUCGACUGAGCUCACAGCUGGGAAAAGUUAUAGGAGUGACCAUUGGUUGUUUACUAGGAAUGUUUCCACUACUUUUCUUCAAAACAGAUGAUGAGGAAGUGCAGCAGGAACCCAAGAACUGAACUAGGUUACUGAGCACUUCAUCCUGAAGGAAUGCUGGGAAAUGGGCAGUCAAUCCAGACUAGGAACAUGGAUAAACCUCGUGUCACUACUACAAUCAUGGAGAAUAUAUUGAUUGAUUCUUUAUCCAAAAAGCAGACAUAGUCACUCAAAGUGCAGUCAUGUGAUCUUUAAAGUACAGAUUCACUGCAUGUCAGACUGCCAUAUUUUCCUUCCUUAUUUGUGAUACUUUGAAAAUUUAUUUUGUCAAGUAGUCAAUGUUAAACAUUUCUGUCAAUCUAGUUGUAAAACACGUCUUAGCAGUGAUAUUAAAAUAUGUUUCUCUCACAACUGAUUAAUUCCUAUUUUGAAAGGUUUACAUUUUAGAUGCUGCAAUAUUUAAGUCUUAUGAUUUGAUAAAGGCAAAUGUGCAUUUUAUUUAAUUGUGAAAGUUAAAGUUGUAUUUCUAUGUUCAUGUAAUGCUUAUUACAAUUUUACUUUGUGCAUUUCAACUUGAUAUUUUGAACUACAUUUGAACUCCAGAACAGCACUAAGUAGUAGUAGUUACAGGCAGUGCUCGCUUUGAGUGCAUUGCUGUUAAGUUUAAUCAAAAAACUGCUGAAUAAGCACUUUGAAAGAUCACUCCAAUCUCAAUAUUAUGGUGCUAAUGUAAGACAUAAUGUGAUUUGUUUAUUCAAAUGCAAAGCUUAAAGAUUGAAAAUAUUCUGUUAAAAUAUCAUUUGGUUCAACUUGACCUUUGGACUUUCUAACUGGCAGUUGUGCUGUGAGGGCAGAAGCAAUGACUUUUUAACUGAAGUUGAUAUUUUGAGGGGCAGUUCAACAGUAAAAACCAUACCUUUCGGCAUCAUUGCGGAGGAUGGCUGGAGUGAGAAACAUAUCUGAACUGUUUGUUUUCUUUCCCAUAUUGGCCCUUUAUUUUACUACUUUGUGGUUGUGGGCGAAUGAGCCUUUCUUUCCUUCAGGUCUUAUGGUUUUCCUUUUGAAGGGAAUGUAGACUGGAAUGCAUGUAUUGAUUUGUAUUACUCACUGAAGCCCAUCACCCCUACAGGGGAUUAGACCACUGACAGUAGCUCACCAGAGCCCUCUAUCCUGGAUGUAGCCCAUCCUACCAGAUCCUUCCUCUCCCAGGAUAAGGUCUUUGCAGCUUCCGUUGGUAUUUUUGUUGCUCUGGGUUUUUAUGGGAUGAGGUUGCUAGUCCGAUACCCAACCCUCCUCCUUUUGCAUCUGGGCUUGGGACCAUCCAUGGCCGAGUUACUUGUAUGUGAUGCCUAAAAUAAUAAUGAGAGUGAAAUACUGACAGUGUUGAUAAAGUUGUUGGAUCUACAGUAGGCCAAAGAGCAGUGGAGAUUAAAACUAAGUUAUUGUUUUGGGUCAGUGCUCUUGUGUUAGAACAAAUGAUAAAACUGGAUGAAAAUUAUUAAAACUGGGAUAAUUCAUUGUUUUAAACAAAUUGAAUCUAUAUUGCACUUUGUGGGUACUGAAUAUCAAAAAUGCUGCUUCUAACUAAACACACAAAUUAUUUUACAGGAGAUUUAUUUUCAUGAAGGGUACUAGAAUUGAUAGUUAAUGAACUUAAACUUGACGGUGAGAUUUUAGUCCAAAUAUUUAAAAUAGCCAGUGGUGAAUAUCUUAAACCAUAAGACACAGGAGCAGAGUGAGUCCAUUUGGCCCAUUGAGUCUACUCCACCAUUCCAUCUUGCAUGUGUCAUCUCCAAAUGUCAGGUGAAAUCUUGCACUAUACAACAGUGAAAUAUUGAAUUCUGAAAGACUCCUGAUGUCAUGGAAUGUUGCUGAUGACUGUCUGUGACAGUUGUUUCCAAGCUUCAGAUAUGUCCAGACUAAAUCUGCAAGAAAUUGGGCACCCAAAUAUGAUGAAUUAGUUCAAGAUCUUCAAAGUUGAUUUGCAGAACUGAAUGUUUGAUUGGUUUGAUGAAGGAGUACCAGGAUUUGUGUCUUGUAACAUGAGCAUUGGAUCUCUGAGAAUUCUGUAUUUUUAUUUUCAUAUAUUUUUGUUUCAAGAUUCAUUUUAAACAGUUUAAACCAACAAGUAAUAAAAAAGUGUGUAAAUUAAGGUAAUUUAGAAUAUUUGUAUUUACUAGAUAUUGAAGACAACUUUGCCGUCAUGUAGAAUGUAUUUGUAAUUGUUGACAGUGUGGACCCUAGUAGCUGCUUUAUGGUUUUAUAGUCCAAUAAAAUGUAGACAAGAGUAUAUUCUGAGGAAUAUAUUUUCCACUGAGGCGUGAGAUUAUAGGUUAAGGGUGAAAGAUGACAUGUUUAUGAGGAGCAUAACGGGGAACUUUGUUGCUCAGAGAAUGGUGAGGGUGUGGAACAAGCAGCCAAUGGAAGUGGUGGACGCAGGUUCAGUUUUAACAUUUAAGAGAAGUUUGGAUAAGUACAUGGAUGAGUGGGGCUAAGCAGAAUAACAGCUAAACACAGACUAGAUGGGCCAAAUGGCCUGCUUCUGUGCCAUAGUGUUCUAUGACUCUAAUUAAUCGGAACUGUUAUUUGCUGUAGAUGUUACCACCGCCAUGACAACUUUUAGAAGUGCAAGUUUCCAACUUAACAUAUAUCUACCGAAUAAUGAAGACAAUGCAGGGGAACUGAUAAGAAUGAACUAUCUGGUCAAAAGACCAGGUGGAAAUUAAAUUAAAUUUUGAGCUCUUCUAAGGUUUUCUUUGUUCAUUGGAAGAUGGGUUAUCAAUUUUGUUAAUUAUAAAAUUAUGGUUGGAAUGACUAAAUGUAGAAAAAUGAAGAACCAUUUGUUAGUGCUUAUUGAUUACCUUAGUAAAAUACAAAUGGAAAUAUAUACAGUCCAAGCUACUAAUUUUUGCUUGUUUUUUUUAUGUUAACACACUCAUGAUUAAACUUUUGAUGUACCUAAUGUACAUUGCUAAUCUCACAGUUAAGAGUAAUUAGGUUGAAAGUCAAAACCACGCAUGAGCAAUAAGAGUUUUUAUUUCAUUGAUGUGGAGAAAAUGGGGAAAGAGAUUAUCAUAGACCUUAGGAGGUGCAGAAAAAUCAUGUUUGGGGUGGGGUAGGGGCUCAUCAUUGUUGAUCAGAGUUACCGUUUUUAAAGCAUGAAGGCAUGUGCAGGCCUCAUUUAUCACCUGCAGUGAUCUACGCGGCCUUGAUUAUAAUGUAACUACUUCACAAUUUUUUUUUGUGCAAUCAUAUUUAUUUUUCUGUGAGCAGUUGAAAUAGUGUAUUGGCUUGUAGUUUUCAGCUUUGUUUAUAUCAUUAUUUAGUGUUCAAUAUUAAAAUAUCACUUGUAUAUAAUUUGCUGUUAAAAUAAAUAUGGGCAGCAUUUUCAUUUAAUGAUCAGAUGUUACUAUGAACCUUUAUUAAAAACUUAAUAUGCACUCA